AUGACUGCAGAUGAAGACUCGGCUUUUGUACAGGACGCCUUGAAGAAAUAUCUCUCUUUAAGCGUGACCCCGCACAACGGAACUUAUACUAUUUUGGCCGCCAUCGCCCUAUCUUAUCUUGGCGAGACGAAGAUAAUUGGACUCGCUACAGGUUGUAAAUGUCUUCCAAAGAGCCGACUUCCGGAGAAAGGUGAUGCCCUCCACGAUUCCCAUGCAGAAGUCCUUGCUCGUCGGUGCGCGCGCCGCUGGUUUCUCGAGGAAAUCCAGCGGUAUGUCACAUCUGGAGGAUCGUCCCAGUGGCUUGCUAAAGAUGAAAGUGACGGAAAGUUUCGAGUCAAAGAAGGUGUUCAGGUGAUCAUGUAUAUAUCCACUCCUCCCUGUGGAGAUGCUUCAAUGCGUUUUCUCGCAUCCUUUCAGAAUGAUGAAAUGGCUCAGCUCAAGAACUCGGCCGUCCACGAGGCCUUGCCUCCCAGUGCGGUUUCGAGGGGCCGCAACAAUUAUGCUCUUUUUGGGGUGUUGAGGACCAAACCCGGCCGUGCUGACUCCCCGGCGACGCUAUCGAUGUCAUGUAGCGAUAAAAUUGCGCGGUGGAAUGUUCUUGGUAUUCAAGGUGCCCUUGGCUCUGCUUUCUUACAUCCGGUGUACCUUUCUCGGAUCAUUAUUGGUGAAGUAAACGAGGACAUCCGUGGGGAUGUGAAAAUCGAUUGUGAACGAGCUUUCUGGGGACGUCUAGACGUAUCUAAUUUGCCUCGAGGCUUCCAGAUCCAUCGGCCUGUGAUUGCCUUUACUUCGGUGCUAUUUCCGUUCUCAAAGGUCGCGGUCGCGUCGGCGAUGAAGGGUGGUGACUGCCGUUCCUCCAAUGAGUCUCUGUGCUGGAUCUCGGACUCUCCUACGCACGAGGUACUGAUCAAUGGACUCAAACGAGGUGUUCCGCCCAAGCAUCGCUUCAAAAGCAUGUUCAGGCCACGAGUUUCCAAAAUAUCGAUGUUGCAUAUGUAUCAUGAUACUCUAGUUACUUUGGGAGUGGAUGCAAGAAGCGAUCUACGCACCUAUUUUGAAAUAAAGCAAGCCGUUUCACAUUAUCAAGCGGCAAGGCGAUGCCUUCAGGCGGAAGGGUGCGCAUUCGCAAGGUGGAUUACAAGUGGGGAACAAUGGGAAAAUUUCGCGAUUACACCUUGA